UGGAGCGUUGCAGGUAGUUGCAUGUUUCAACUGAAACUGGUUUUUCCACUUCAGCAUUGGCUCCAGCUUUGAGUUUUUUUGGUUGGCCACUUUGUCCCACCCAAAAUCUGUGUGAAAGCUUCUGUUGUUCUGGUGGACACUAGAAGACUUUACUUACCGGCGGUCGCACGCACGUAUCAGAGGAAUGGGCUACUGUAAAUUUUCUCAAAGCGUUUUGUGUCAUCUGGCAGGAGCAGUUUUAUAAAGUCUAUGUUCAGGAGGUAGGCUACAUUAGACCCGAGGAGGCAGCAGAGAAGCGUUCAACACAAGAGAGAAAAAUUCAAACUAUUGGGGAAAAAAAGCUGCAGAAUAGUUAAUUUUUGAAGAAAAACUAAAUAAGAUCAACAUUAGAACAAGGAUGCCCACAUGCUUCAGCAUCAUUUCCAGUUUCCCCUGAAGAGGAAUUUGGCACAUCAUUGUGAUAAAAGGGAUGAAUGAGGGUCGUUCUGCUCUCCUCAGAAGGUGCCACCUUGCCUUGUCCAAGGCCGACACCCUCGGCUCUGUUCCUGCCAGAGCUGCUCUCUCCGUGGACACAGACGAUGACGGGGCCGCUCAGCCUGGGAGCGAUGCAGCGUUCAGCCCGUCUGAGCUCUCACAGCUGUUUGAGAACGAGGAUGGCUUGCCGUCAACUCAGGACACCAGUCAGGAUUCAGGCCCGGAGCUGGUUCAGCCCGGCCAGCCCGCGGACGGCAGACACAACCUGCGGAUGAAGUUCCAGGGUGCUUUCAUGAAGGGCAUUUCCACCCCAAUGGACCUAUUUGAAUCCACCAUAUAUGAGUCAAAUGUGGUUCCAGGCCCCAAGAAAGCACCCAUGGACUCGCUCUUUGACUAUGGUACCUACAGGAACACCAGCAACCACAAGCGACGCAGGAAGAAGCUCCCAAGAGGUAAAACUGAGACGGAGUCCUGUGAUGAUGGUCAAAGCUCAGACCCACCAAAAGUAAUGAAAAUAUUCAACCGCGCUCUCCUCUUCGAAGGCGUGUCACAUGCAGACCCAGAGGCCCUCGAGGGCCUGUUGGAGUACCUGCAAAGUCACGAUAAGAGGUUAACUGAUGAGGAGUUCAAAGAGCUGUCCACGGGUAAGACAUGUCUGCCCAAAGCCCUGUUGAACCUUUACGGUAGGCAGAACGUCACCAUCCCACUGCUGGUGGACAUAGCCGAGAAGACCGGAAACCUCAGAGAGUUCAUCAAUACGCCCUUCAGGGACGUCUACUACAGAGGCCAGACAGCUCUCCACAUUGCUAUUGAGCGACGCUGUAAGCAGUAUGUGGAGCUGCUGGUGGAGAAGGGAGCUGAUGUUCACGCCCAGGCGAGGGGACGCUUCUUCCAGCCCAGAGACGAGGGGGGCUACUUCUACUUUGGUGAGUUGCCUCUCUCACUGGCUGCAUGCACUAACCAGCCUGACAUAGUGCACUACCUGACUGAGAAUCCACACAAGAAGGCCGACCUGCGGCGCCAAGAUUCACGUGGAAACACGGUGCUGCACGCCCUAGUGCACAUUGCGGACAACACCAAGGACAACACACGUUUCCUCACAAAGAUGUACGACCUGCUGCUAAUCAAGAGUGCCAAGCUUUACCCAGACUGCAGCCUGGAGACGGUGUUUAACAACGAUGGCAUGUCACCCCUCAUGAUGGCCGCCAAGCUGGGCAAGAUCGGGGUUUUUCAGCACAUUAUCCGGCGUGAGAUCAAAGAUGAGGAAGUUCGUCAUCUGUCACGUAAGUUUAAGGACUGGGCGUAUGGGCCAGUGUACUCAUCCCUCUAUGACCUGUCUUCACUGGAUACAUGUGGAGAGGAACCGUCUGUGCUGGAAAUCCUGGUCUACAACAGCCGCAAUGAGAACCGCCAUGAGAUGCUGGCAGUGGAGCCUAUCAAUGAGCUGUUGAGGGCCAAAUGGCAGAAGUUUGCUGCUGUCACCUUUUACAUCAGUGUGGUUUCCUACCUCAUCACCAUGAUCAUCUUCACCCUAGUGGCCUAUUACCGCCCAACGCAGGGAACGCCUCCUUACCCUUACACCACAUCCUUUGACUACCUGCGCAUGGCGGGAGAAAUCGUCACCUUAGCAUCAGGAAUCUUCUUCUUCCUCACCAAUAUUAAGGACCUCUUCUUGAAAAAGUGCCCUGGGGUUAAGUCUUUAUUUAUUGAUGGAUCCUUUCAACUGCUGUACUUCAUCUACUCUGUGCUGAUUGUAGUCACAGCUGCUCUCUACCUGUCUGGCAUUAAGGCCUAUGUGGCUGUGAUGGUGUUUGCACUUGUCCUGGGCUGGAUGAACACUCUUUACUUCACCAGAGGCCUGAAGCUCACUGGCACCUACAGUAUCAUGAUACAGAAGAUUCUUUUCAAAGACCUUUUCAGAUUUCUGCUGGUGUACGUGCUCUUCAUGAUUGGAUAUGCAUCAGCCCUGGUGUCCCUGCUGGCAGUGUGUCCUCCACCGGGCACAGAGUGUGAAGGGGGCUGCCCCACCUACCCUAACUGCAGGGACCAAGACACCUUCAGUGUUUUCCUGCUGGACCUCUUUAAGCUGACCAUUGGGAUGGGAGACCUGGACAUGAUCCAGAGUGCACAGUAUCCUGCAGUCUUCCUCAUCCUGUUGGUUACCUACAUCAUCCUCACCUUUGUCCUGCUGUUGAACAUGUUGAUCGCUUUAAUGGGGGAGACGGUGGGACAGGUGUCGAAAGAGAGCAAGAAGAUCUGGAAGCUUCAGUGGGCAACGACCAUCUUGGACAUUGAGCGCUCUUUCCCAGUCUGCCUUCGGAAGUCUUUUCGAGCCGGGGAGAUGGUGACUGUGGGGAAGAGCUGGGAUGGCACACCUGACCGACGCUGGUGCUUCAGAGUGGAUGAGGUGAACUGGUGCCACUGGAAUCAGAACCUGGCGAUAAUCAACGAGGAUCCAGGCAAGAAUGAGACAUGCCAAGCCAACGGGUUGCAGCAGAGCGUCAGAGCCUUGCGGAGAGACCGCUGGUCCACAGUGGUUCCGCGGGUGGUGGAGUUGAAUAAGAGUCCGCGGCCUCGUGAUCUGGUGAUAGAGAUGGAGCCGCUGGCGCCCAGGCACUGACGCCUGCAGAAGACUAGUGCUGUCCUUCUUAUAAAGAGACAGCAGAGAGCCAUCAGCGCCAGUGAGAUCACCCUGCAGGUGACGAUUUGGCCAAUAAGUGUACUAAUUUGCACAUAGUUUAUGUGCCUUUUGUUCAGAGAAAGUAUAGUAAAUAUUACAGUAAGGUUGCAUUCUAAAUUCCAUACUGACAUGCUAGGCUGAAACAGUAUCCGAAAUUUUAGUAUGAAACCAAUAGUACGUGAAUUGCAUACCAUUUCCAGUAAAAUAUUGCAGUAUGCAAACACUGGACACUACGCCGGCAUAAGUAUCCGAUAAUGUAAUGCGGUAGUAACAACAAUGUUCGAAACAGACAAACGGACAGCAACCAAGGCAGCUCUGUAAAGUCAAAAACUCUUUAAUUUACUAUAAAAAUCUACAUAUAAAAAUCUGUCAUUUUGUCAUCUGCAACUGUUGGUCUAGUUGCUUACCUUUUUCAGUAAUUUAAGCAUUAUUUGGCGAUGCCGCUAUAGCUGAGGUUGGCCAGGGUUACCAGGGUUACCAUGGUUACGCAUCUCCAACCGGCAAGGAGGCUCACAGGAAGUGACGUUGAAGAGUCCGAAAAGAUACACAAAGUAUUUACACAAAAGUAUGUUGAACGAUAGUAUACAUAUUAUUUAGUAUGUAGUGCAUAGUAUGCGAUUUCGGACACAGCCUAAGUCAGUGUACUGUAAUAGGACAGAGCACACAGACACUGAUACUGAUCUGAAAAACACAGAAUAGAGUUAAAAACACCAAAGCUGAGAUAAAAAGAAGAAAAAGUAGCGUUCAUUAUAAAAAAAAUUUUUUUUACUUGUCACAGAAAUAGAAAACAUAUUAUAAAAAUGUACUGUACUGCAUUUUCAGACAUCAGUGGCUGAUCACUCAGGGAUUCAAGAGAGUCUAAAUAUUUUAGCAUUUCCAGUCUCAUUAUAAUGUUACAGAAAACAGAAUCAUGGGGUUUUCUAAUAGAUAGCAGAAGCAUAAUUACUGUAUUAUUGCAUUAGCAGUGUAAACAAAAGCUUUGCUAAAAUGCCAUUUACAGAUAUAAUCACAAUGGGAGAUAUUUUUUCAUCAUUGCAAUAAAUAUUCAUACUAUAGUUCUACUUGUAUUUGCUUGCUUUAUACUUAAGAGGUCCCUAUAUGUAUCAUUAAGAUGAUAUCCUAUAUGGUAAUUUGAAUGUGUAUUGUUCAGGCUAUGGCGGUUUAAUGUAUAGAAACAGGAUAUAUGUAUUGUAUAAAGUGUAUUUUCUCUCCAUUUUCUAUACCGUAUUAAAUAAGUAGACUUAAAGUCUCAGGCUUAGUCCGCCAGCUCAGGCAGCACAGCUUUCAUUUUAACUGAAACAAUGCACUAUGCCAAGUUCUGAUGUGUGCAUUAUUAUAUGAACACAAAGACAUUGUUCUGAACAUGAUGGGCAUGGUGAGCAGGUUAUAGUUGUCAAGUAAAUAUGCAAAUGUGAGACAAUAGCUUUCCAUGUUAUGGUUUGUCUUUGAAUUUCCAGUUAUUGUUCCUUUGCAGCUGGGGUAUUUGCAUAAUCAACUCUCAGUUCUUGCUAUUAUGUGCUUCCCCCUAUUUACUACAGUGUUUUCAUUGCAAUUGGCGCCUUGCCCUAUAGAGCAUAUUGUUUAUGCACAACUACUGUAUGUAUACGUGUAUUUCUGUUAUUGUACUACAUGACAAGGUUUUAUUAAGAGCAGAUAGACCAUACCAUCACUAAUUCAUUACUGUUGGGGGUCACAGGGUUCACUAUGUUUACAUUGCUUUUAUAAAGAGACAUGUCUAUGCAUUUCAUGUUGUUUUUACGUUGCUGCACAGAACAUUAAACACUGAAUUAAUGUUAUGAACCAUA